GCUUUCACAUCAUAUUAAAUGCAACAUUUACAAAUAUUAUAAUAUAUCAGACUUAUCUCGUCUGAAUGGGGCUUUUUAUAAACUUUUUAUUUCAAUAACUAGAUUUACAGUACUUCAAAUUUCCGUCAUUUUCUUUACCCUUACUUUCCCCACCGGUAGUUUUGAAAUAAGCCACACAUCCCGGUGCAACAUAAAACCUGGAGAAAAAAUAAAAUAAAAAUACAAAUAUAUAUAUUAGUUUAGUAAUAAUGUGUUAAGCAUUUAAGGAAAGAAAUAUGGAUAAAAUGGGGAUAAAACUUACCUCUCCCACUUUACCCAACCACAAAAAUAAUUUCUGCUGGCCCCUCCUUUCCUUAAAGGAAAAACAAAGAACAUUUUUGGAGGGUUUAAAAUGAAGCAAAUAUGAUGCACUUGCAUUCAUUCUUCUGUUAAAGGAGCUGCACAUUUAUUUAAAUUGUCGUUUUUACGGUCGGGCAUUGUGUCGUCAUGGCAACAAAGUUGUAAAUGUGGAUAUAACUUUACGCAGAAAAGGUCUGCGUGCGCAACGAUGGCCACCUACCCAGGCCCUGAAGAGAACGUCCUGAUCCUCAUGGACACCAACUCGAGCGCGACGGAGAAAGACCGGACUAAAGACGAACCACCGCCCGAGAAGUGGCCGGACAAAUCCGAGCCCGACCAGAAACCGCCGUACUCCUACGUGGCGUUGAUCGCCAUGGCGAUCCGCGAGAGCUCGGAGAAACGGCUCACGCUCUCCGGUAUCUACCAGUACAUCAUCAGCAAGUUCCCUUUCUACGAGAAGAAUAAGAAAGGAUGGCAGAACAGCAUCAGACACAACCUGUCACUCAACGAGUGCUUCAUCAAGGUGCCUCGGGAGGGCGGCGGCGAGCGAAAGGGCAACUACUGGACCCUGGACCCGGCCUGCGAGGACAUGUUCGAGAAGGGGAACUACAGGCGGAGACGACGCAUGAAGAGACCGUUUAGGCCUCCGCCGACGCAUUUCCAGCCCGGUAAAUCUCUGUUCGCUGGCGAUGGGUACGGUUACCUCACCCCGCCCAAAUACCUGCAUUCGGGCUUCAUCAACAACUCCUGGUCUCCGGCGCCCAUGCCCUACACCUCCUGUCAGAUGAGCAGCGGGAGUGUGAGUCCCGUGAACGUGAAAGGCUUGUCCGCGCCGUCCUCGUACAAUCCGUACUCGCGCGUGCAGAGCGUGGCUCUCCCCGGCAUGGUGAACUCCUACAACGGCAUGAGCCACCACCACCAUCACCAUGCGCUCCCGCACGCGCAGCAGCUGAGCCCCGCCACGGCGCCUCCGGUGUCCGCCGGUAACGGGACAGGGCUGCAGUUCACUUGCUCUCGCCAGCCCGCCGAACUCUCCAUGAUGCACUGCUCGUACUGGGACCACGAGAGUAAACACUCCGCACUGCACGCGCGGAUUGAUAUAUAGCGCGCUCGACUCGAGACCAAGAAGUGACCAACAUUUACUCGCUAACAGACAGUAGGCUACAUAAAUCCCCAAAAGAGACAUUUCAUAAAAGAGUGACUAUCGCCACUCGAGCCUCGAAUUAUGGAAACCCUGACAGGGACUAAAGAUUUGUUUCCCCCACUGGAGACUUUUAUGCACAUUUGCGUUCUGAAUGUGCAAAAACUAUUUUAUAACACACCAUCACCAUGGAAUUACAAAGCAUGUUUACCUGAAUCCGUUCUGAACGUGAACGAGCUGUCAUGACCCUGGAGUGAAGAAGUAUUGGGUUCUGAACCCCUUUGCCAAUUAAUAUAUAUUUCUCUUUUUGCUUUUGAAUGUUUAAGGAGACAUAUCAGAGCUCAGGACGGGUAGAUAGCCAGAAGCUCUGUCGAAACGUGUCGAGACACACACAACAUGCGUUUUGGCCUCUCUUCCCGCAAAGGUCCCAUGAUGGGGAGUUUACUGGGGUCAGUGCGCGUGAGUUUGGACUGUUUAGUUAUGUUUGUUCAGUUUUUUUUUUUUUUUGUACAGCAUAAAAUGACUUGUAAUGUCUACGACACAUUGGGACCAUGUUUAACUAGCACUUUUCGAUUUUUUGAAUAGCUU